UCCGUUUAUUGAAUUCCAAACAUCAUGGACGCGAAAAAAUGGUUCUUAUUGUUCGUGAAUUUAAGUCUUUUCAUGAAUGGAAUCUCUUCGUUUACUGUAAUAAAUAAUGUGACAGUUAAUAGUGAUAUUUUGAAGGAAAUAUUUUUUGAGUAUAUUCAAAAGACCGAAGAAAUUGAUUUUGAGGUUCUGCAAGAAUCGGAAAAAUAUGAUUAUAAGAAAUGUUUUUUAAGUCUACGGGAAAUUGUUGGCAGUUUUCCAAAUAAAGAUGUUAUUUCAUUCUUUGAUGCCUGGGGUCACUUGCCUUCGGGAAUAUCCUCCGGGAACUAUUACGAUAUCGGUGAUUUUGACCAAUGUGUGAAAAAUUCCCUGCCUCUAAACGAAAUCAACAGUGAUGCAGCAACAGGCCAAUACUGUUUUGUAUCUUUGGCUGUUCCUGAAAACUCAGGUGCAUUAAAUACUGGAAUAUGUGUUCCUGAGACUUGCAGUCCUGAAUUUGUGACGAAGAUUUUCAAAAAAUCAUCAGAUGAACUUCUAAAUGGUGCUCUCUCGGAUAUAGUAUCAGUUGGACAUUGUACAGAUGGAAAAAUCCCACCACUUAAUGCAAUGAACAUUAUUGUAAUAACAAUUUUUUCAAUUAUGACGGCUUUGAUGAUCUUGAGUUCUUUUUAUGAAUUUUAUAUGGACUAUUAUCAAAAAACACCUGUCCCAGUUCUGUUGGCAUUUUCGGUUUUAACAAACGGAAAGAAACUAUUCGCGAUCAAUACAAAACGAUCUCGCAACAGUAUUGACUGUUUCAAUGGAAUACGUGUCCUCUCAACUCUUUGGAUUGUGUGCCAUCACAUUAAUUCCAAUUUGUAUUUCAUGCAAAAUACUAAUUUUAUAAAAUUUAAUGAAUUUGCGAAAACGUUUUUCUAUAUGCCAUUCGCCAUGGCUACGAAUGCAGUGAAUACAUUCCUUUUCAUUGGUGGACUUUUGGUGGCAUUUAAUGGAUUCCGAGACUUGGACAAAACGAAGGGAAAAAUAAACGUCGUCAUGAAUGUCGUUCAUCGCUACAUCAGACUUACCCCAAUUGUAGCUGUUGGACUUCUUUUAGCUUAUGGUAUAUACGAGCUUCUCUUUACUGGACCAUUUAGAGAUAGGGCUAUUUCGGCAAAUUCCUGUGAUGGAAGUAAUUGGUGGCCGAUUCUUUUGUAUAUUCAAAACUAUUAUGUCACAAAAAAGACCUGUUAUGACGAAGCUUGGUAUUUAGCUGUUGAUUUUCAACUUUAUGUUCUGUCACCAUUGCUUUUGGUUCCGAUGUGGAAAUGGGGAAAGAAAAUUGCAUAUUUCAUUGUUCUCCUAAUAGUUCCAUCGAUUGCAUAUAUUAUCGUAAUAUUUUUCAUCAAAGGAUUCACUGGAUACACACAAGGUACAAAUUUAGGUGAAUGGGAAUUGGUUUACAUUCCAACCCACACAAGGUGGACUCCUUGGUUAAUAGGUUUUGUUUUGGGCUACUUUAUGCAUUUAAACCGUCAAACAAACUUCAAUGUUCCAAAGCAAGUUCAACUAUUUGGAUGGAUCGGGAGUCUUACGUUACUGUUUCUUGUGGUAUUUGGGCCAUAUUUCGCUAUACGGGAUGGCGUAGAGAGCGUCUUCUGGGCUGCAAUGUACGCAGGAUUUAAACAUAUUGCGUGGACGAUUGCUCUAGUUUGGAUAACAUUUGCAUGCUAUUACGGAAUUGGUGGAAUUAUUGAUACAUUCUUGUCACAUCCAAUUUGGCAGCCUUUUACACGUUUGACAUACGCCUUGUAUAUGAUGCAUAUGGCUGUGAUAAGAAUUAAUUUUGGAACGUCCCGUCUGCCAAUAUAUUUCUCAUUGUAUAGUAUUCUCCAAUACUUCUUUUGUGCUCUUGGAAUAACGCUAUUUGUAGCUAUUUACGUGACAUUAGCAUUUGAAUCGCCAAUUUUAAUUUUGGAAAAAUUCAUAUUUGGUGGUUCAAAACCUGUGCAGAAGAAGGUUUUAGUUGACUCAGAGCAACCAGCUGAGAAGAAACCAACUGCCGCUGUAGGUACAAUGCCAAGGAUUUCAUAAAGUGGAUAUUUUUUAA